CUCAUCACUUGCACAUUUUUUAUAUACAUUUUACUUUUAUUAUUUAUUUUAUAUUUUUUAAUUAUUAUUUAAUUUUUUUAUAAUUUAAUAAAGUUUAAUUAAUAUUUGUAGAGUUUAAUAUUUUAUCAAUAAAUUAUUAAAUUUUAAUGAAAAGGAGAAAAACCACUGUUAAAAGCAAGGUUAAGAAGAUUCGUAGCAGAAGCGUGAAUAAGUUAUAUAAUUCUGAGGAAUACACCGAAAAAUUUGAUAAAGUCAUUUCGUUAUUAUAUAAAGUAUUAUGUAAAGCUUCGGUGGGAAGUGAUUCUGCCGAAUGUUUAACUUUAACGGAGUUUUGCAAUGGGUUAAACACACUUGGGUUUAAAGUUACUAAAACUGAACUCGUUGAACACCUGAAGCCGAUCCUUUACGGCAAAAAUUAUAACUUGGAAAUAACUCAAAAUUACGGCAACGGAAACUUAACAAACACAUACAAGCCGACUCUGGAAACUUCAAAUUCCUCAAAAUUUGAUCAUAAUUUAAUAAAUUAUGAAGUCAUUAAAACUUUAUUCUUGAACAUUAACUUAAAAUUAUCUAAAUCCAAUGUGAUAUUCUGACC